AUGGGACCUCGAGGCGCCCCUCUCCUGGCAGUGGUCCUGGUCUUGGGGGUGUAUGCUCUGGUGGAGGGCCAGAAACCCUCUCCCUGCCAGUGCUCUAGGAUGAUACCACAGAACAGAAGGACCUGUGGCUACCUGGGCAUCACCAGUGACCAGUGCUUCGAUCUCGGAUGUUGCUUUGACUCCAGCGUUGGUGGGGUCCCCUGGUGUUUCCACCCACUUCCAAACCAAGAAUCACAACAGUGUGUCAUGGAAGAGUCAGCCCGAAAGAAUUGUGGGUACCCAGGCAUGAGCCCUGAGGAGUGUGCUGCUCGACAGUGCUGCAUUUCCAACCUGAGCUCUGAGGUACCCUGGUGUUUCUUCCCACAGUCUGUGGAAGGUAAAUGGUUUUUUUUGGGGGGGUGUCCACCCGGGGCCUGGCAUGAGCUGCUCCCAUCCCCUCCCACCUGCUGA